CCGAGUUCGAGGAACACAAAUCUAGGCUCAGAUAACCAUACCGCCUGCGUUAACCUUAAACACUAUGGGGAAGACAAAUAUCUGACCGUGUAUCAGUGGGUAGGGGCGAUUUCUAGCCUAAUUGUAUUAGGCUAUGAGUUACCAUACAGUUAACAGUAAAAUGUCAGUUUACGUACAUUUAAAGUAUGUGUAAUACUGUCCAGAAUAGUUUUUAUUUUAAAGUAGCCAAAUCAGUAUUUAAUGUAACAGUAACACAUAUGUAACGUUUAAUCGUUUUCCUUAUUCAUAUAUAUUCAGAAAGCACUUUUCAUGAAAAAAAGAUACAAAACAACGAGUCUUGGCGACUUUGCUAUAGUGCCUAUAAAUGUUCACUUGUCGAAACUUUUUUUUAAAAUUAAAAGUCCAGGAGGACAAUUUGCUGUCGAAUUGCUGAUUACGAGAAACUGGUUCUGUAGUUAUAGACCAUGACAAUGAACGAACCUAGUUUGAAGUUAGGUGCACAAAAACGAACUUUUCUCUGAUCAUUUGGAGAGGUUGCAAUGUAUGCAUGUCAUUGUUCUUUGCUCUGGCAAAUUAUGUGCAGAUUAACGAUCCGGAUGCAGUGUUAUGGAUGGUUGCCUAUGCUAUUCCAGCAAAUCUGUGUUUAUUGAUUGCCAUUAAACCACAUGUAGCAGAGACACUACUUUGGAGGAGAAUUGCUAAACUUCAUGUGCUUAUUUCGACUGCUGUUGUUUCCAUGAUGGGAUGGACUCUGUAUAAAGAGCACAUCACAAAUAUCUUCCAGCAAGAGGAGGGAAGGGAAUUCUCUGGUCUCAUGUUGAUACUUGUCUGGCUUCUCCUGUGUCAACACUCUGGAAGUUCUAUUGGGGCUCUCAGACUGUCCAUUGCUGUUGCCAUGACAAUAUUCCCCUUUGUGGCCUGGCUGUAUUACUACAUUAACAAGGAGCUGAGGACCAGCUGGCCCCCGCAUUGUAAAGCUGCACCGUAGAUAUCCAU